AUGCCCAAAUCUAAAAAGACCUCAGGCAUCGACCCGAAAUCCCAGACACGCAGCGCAACCCCUUCAUCAAAUUCCGCUCCAGCCCCAGACUGGCCACCCCUCCGGCCCCUCCUCCCCGCAACAGACCUCACCCUCGAACCUCUCGUCCCAGACCAAAUCUACCUUAUUCGUAACUUCCUAACGAGCAACCUAUGCAAAACAUACGCCUCAUUCCUCGUAUCCCUGCCACUAACUACCACACCGGGAAAACCGAAAAAAGAUGAAGCGGUACGCGUGAACGAUCGGUUCCAGGUCCAAGAUGCGCGAUUUGCGGAGACGCUAUGGAGCGGCACAGCACUUAAAGAGCUGGUCACGACGCGAUUUCUGGACGAGGACGCAGAAUAUAACGAAGAGGGAGAAUAUGAGCCCUUAUCAAAAGAGCAGCUAGCACAAAGUGCAAAAGAGCUCUGGGGCGGCGAACCGCUGGGUUUAAAUCCUAAUAUUCGAAUAUAUCGAUACUCUGCGGGCCAAUUCUUCGCUCAACAUUACGAUGAAUCUAAUUCCUUGACCUUCCUCCCGCAAUUCACCACGAAAGCCUUCCCCGCGCGUACGACUUGGACUCUACUUAUUUAUUUAACGACUUGUUCUGGUGGUGAAACGGUUUUCUAUCCUGAGCCUACACGCGCCGAUAGAAAUCCUGAACCGAUAUCUGUGGCGCCGGAGGUUGGCAUGGCACUUUUGCAUAGACAUGGGGAUCAUUGUAUGUUGCAUGAGGGGAAAGAAGUUACGGGUGGGGAGAAGUGGGUUUUACGGAGUGACUUGGUUGUUACUCGGUGA